UAAGUUUUAGCAACCAAUCAGAAAGCAAGGACAGUAACCCUACUUCCUGUUUAGUGUCUGGUAUUUUUACUGGAGCUGAACGAGUUGGAAUUAUGAAUGUUGUUGGUCGCUCCAGAAAGGUUGUAUCGUUGUUGUGCAGAAGUUGUGGUUUAUUGGAACAAAAGUGUGUGUUUAGAGCCGCACGUUCGUCCGGUCUAAACCAACAAUGCCACCACGCAACGCCUCUUAGGAGUCGAUUUGACACACAAAGAUGGUGCAGCGGUGACACUGACAGCAGACUGUUGGGGAGCACAUCUUCUCAGGAGCUGUCGCUUGAAACGGACCAUAAAAACAGCCAAACCAUCUCGUCAGGUCACGGAGACUCUGAAACCUUUAACCUGGAUGUUCUGGUGUCACUUCUGCGUCAGGAAAACGCUGUGGAUCUCUGUGUGAUCAAAGUCCCCGAGAACAUCAAAUAUGCAGAGUAUUUCAUUGUUGUUAGUGGCAUUUCUCCAAGACACCUGCGUGCAAUGGCGCUGUAUGCAAUCAAAGUGUACAAGUUUUUGAGAAAAGAUGGAGAUCCAAAUGUCAAGAUUGAAGGAAAAGAUGCAGAGGAUUGGAUGUGUAUCGACUUUGGUAAAAUUGUGGUCCACUUCAUGUUGCCUGAGACCAGAGAAGUAUACGAGCUGGAAAAACUCUGGAUUCUCCGUGCCUACGAUGAGCAGCUGAUGCGCAUCCCUCCAGAAGUUCUACCAGAAGACUUUAUGUAUGAUAUGGAAAUCACAAAGUAACAAAUAAACGCUCUCCCAAGAAAACAAGUCUAUGGAACUUUGAAUAUUUUACUAAUAAUAUGGAUGCAACUCCAAAGUCUGUUUUAUUCAUCAACUGGGUGGGAAGAUUUUCUUUCUGUGUGUUGGAUUGUGGAGCCAGAGUUAAUGACAGAAGAGUAUUGGUUAAAGUAAUGACAUGUGGGACUGCAUUUUGAAGAUAAAUGAGUAACAACAGCAUGUGGAUAUUUAAAUAAUGGCUAGUUUUGUGGAAAGCUGGAGUGAAGUUCUAUUUAAAAUAAUAAAAAAGAAGGAAAAAAGUG